AUGGCAUCUCCCGAGGCCGUCCAGACUCCCAAUGGAGUGGACGAGCUAGGCCUCGUUGAGAAGACGGCCGAUCUCCAGUUGUCCCAGCCCAACGGCCAGGAGGAACGUCCUAUCACUACCCAGAGAUCGCGCGACCCCGACUUCAACCAGAAGAGAAGCGACCCGUUUCAGUUCGGCAGUCGCUUCCUGGCAGAGGGCGAUGACGCCUUCGAAUUCAACGCUUGGGACCACGUCGAGACUGACGAUGCCUAUAAGGAGUAUGCCGAGCAGCAAUACGAGAUGCAGCGUCAGUCCCCGGUCUCUGAUUUUGACAAGAACAGAUUCAACGCCAACCCCGCCAAAAUGUGGGAUGCCUUUUACAAGAACAACACAGCAAACUUUUUCAAGAACAGGAAGUGGCUGCAGCAGGAAUUUCCUAUCUUGACAGAAGUGACGAAGGAGGAUGCCGGCAAGACUGUGAUCCUCGAAAUAGGCGCAGGUGCCGGCAACACCGCCUUCCCCAUCGCGGAGUUUAACAAGAACCCUAACCUGAAGAUCCAUGCCUGUGAUUACUCAAAGACGGCCGUAGAGGUUAUGCGAAGCCAGGAGGCGUACAGCCAAGGCAUCGUACAGGCCGACGUCUGGGACGUGACCAGCGACGAACUCCCGCCCGGGUUGGAGGAGGGAUCCGUCGACAUUGCUAUUCUCAUAUUCAUCUUCUCUGCCUUGGCUCCCAAUCAGUGGGACAAGGCCCUUUCCAACAUUUACCGACUCCUCAAGCCAGGAGGCCAGGUCUGCUUCCGAGACUAUGGAAGAGGUGAUCUCGCCCAGGUUCGCUUCAAGAAGGGUCGUUACCUCGACGAAAACUUUUACGUGCGUGGCGACGGCACCCGAGUCUACUUCUUCGACAAGGAGGAGCUUGAGCAGAUUUGGUCUGGCAAGAAGAAGACUGAGGGAGAUGACCCAAAGGCCGUAUUCACCAUAAAUGACAUCGGUGUCGACCGACGUCUGCUGGUCAACAGACUCCGCAAACUGAAGAUGUACCGGUGCUGGAUGCAAGGACGGUUUACGAAGGAAUGA